AUGCUUCCAGCAGAUCACCUCUUCCAGAAGCAGCUUCAAUCUCAACCAAACACAAAGAAUCUAAACCCCGGAGAUGCCCGAUGCGACCUGGGCCUCGUUGAUCUUUUGGGCUCUCUUACCUUUCAGAGAAAAGAAUGGGCUCUUGGUAAUGUCGCUGGCGACUCUCCAAAGUGCCGAGACCUCGUCCUGAAUAACAAUGCCAUGACGCCGUUGCUAGCACAGCUGAACGAAAAUGCGGUGCUGUCUAUGCUGCGCACCGCAACGUGGACGCUAUCAACCUUUUGUCGUGGCAAGCCGCAGCCGAACUUUGAGCAGGUAUGCAUGCGGGUCCUUUGUAGGCAUGUCGAUACAGAUUUUGGUCGUUGGUAUCCUUCACCGAAUGUUCUUAUUCCUGCUCUUCGUACGGUGGGAAACAUUGUGACUGGUGACGAUGUCCAAACGCAGGAAAACUUGAAACGGAACAACAAUGGAGCACUGCCAUAUUUGUUACAUCUUCUCACCAAUGUUUACAACAAGAAGGAUGCUUGCUGGACAAUCUCGAGCAUGGAACUUCUUGCCAACGCCGAGUUUGACAUAAAGAAAGAGGCAAUGCAACCUCUGGCGACGGAGAAGGACCCGGGAAACACUGGCUCCAUCAACAUCUACGCCAAGUUCAUCGACGAGGCGGAGGGCCUGGAGAAGAUCGAAACCCACGAUAACAACGAGAUAUACGACAAGGUGAUCAAGAUCCUCAACAGCUACUGGGUGGAGGAAGACGAAGAGAACGUUGCUCCUGGCGUAGCUCCAGCGCCCAUUUGCAUUCGGGAAUCAAGAUCAUUCGGGAAUGUGCCGAGUGGUGGCUUCAAUUCCGACCCGCCGGGGGAAGGAGAGGGUCUUGUAGAACAGCAGCGAGCUCUUGCUGUCUCGUAUUUGUGUUGUCUUUGUUUAGCCGGACGUGCUAAAUGCGGUGGGGUCACGGUUGCGUAA